AUGAGCUGCAAGGCCAGGAAAUGCGGUAUACGGUUUGAGCCUCCAGCCAUUGUCCUGGUAUAUGAGAAGACCGAAGGGAAGACUCGGCAACGCAUUAUGCCUAUCAGGAAUUUCUCUAAGUUCUCAGACUGCAGCCGAGCAGCAGAGCAGCUUAAGAACAAUCCACGGCACAAACAGUACUUGGAGCAGAUAUCACUGAAACAGCUGGAAAGGCUUUAUAAGUUGCUUAGGGGACAUUUAAAGGGGGAGACUUUGGAGGCUAGCCUGGAUGGGAUUCGAAAGGAGGAAAAUAUUGAUCCUAAUGAAGAUCUGAACAAACUAGAUGACAAGGAACUGGCCAAAAGAAAGAGCGUAAUGGAUGAGAUUUUUGAGAAAAACAGGAAAAAGAAAGAUGACCCAGACUUUGAGUACAACGUGGAAGUGGAUUUCAACCAGGACAGAGCAGUGGAGAGCUGUGGAUGGGAUGAUAACUCUGAAGACGGUUUCUGA